GGACUCUGAUCAGCACCACAAACUCCUCCGCAACACGGCGUUUACCUGAAAAACUCCACCUGGUUCUGGUCCAUGAACCCAACAGGAUGUUCCUCUCAGCCCAGCUCAGCGGCUCCUCGCAGAGGUCGAAGCUGUUUAAGACCCGUCUUCACGUCUGAUGCCUCUGGACCCUGAACAGAAGGGAAAGAAACUUGCUCAGACUCCAGCGGAGGCCUAAAGGAGGCAUUUAAACAGAAAACCACUUUCUUACCGGAGCGGGGGAAGAUUCGGGAGCGGUUUCAUUAGAAACUAAAACUCCUGCCAGCACCUGAAUCAUGCUCGGGGAUGAGGGGGACAGCGGCGCCUACUCCGCCGCUAAAGACGAGGAGAAGCGCGCGUCGCCAGCCGCGGAUGGAGACGAGUCCGCUGCGGGUAACAGGUACCCGGAACAACACGGGAUGGGUUCUGAGCGGUACUACAUCCCGAACACCGUUUCGAAGCAGAACCCAGAAGCGUCGUUUUUCCCGUACACCCCGGGUGGGGCGGUGUACAGCCCGCCCGGCGCCGCCAGGUAUCCCUCCUCUCUCCACCUGAGCACCGUGCUGCCUCCGGCCGGAUAUUCUCCCUCCGCACACUUCAGCCCGUCCUACCAGCACGGACAGAACCUCGGCUGCCUGUACCCGCCGUACACCGGCUCCGGGUCCGCGCUGAGCAACGUGACGCUGGGCGGCGGCGCGGGCCCCGGCCUCAGGGCCCAGGUCUACCUCUGCAACCGGCCGCUGUGGCUCAAGUUCCACCGGCACCAGACCGAGAUGAUCAUCACCAAGCAGGGCAGGCGGAUGUUCCCGUUCCUCAGCUUUAACAUCGCGGGUCUGAACGUCGCGUCCCACUACAACGUGUUCGUGGAGGUGGUUCUGGCGGAUCCGAACCACUGGAGGUUCCAGGGGGGCAAAUGGGUCACCUGUGGGAAGGCGGACAACAGCAGUCAAGGGAACAAAGUUUACAUCCAUCCAGAGUCGCCGAACACAGGGGCCCACUGGAUGAGACAAGAAAUCUCCUUCAGCAAACUCAAACUCACAAACAACAAGGGAACCAACCACAACACGUCCCAGAUGAUCGUCCUGCAGUCUCUGCAUAAGUACCAGCCUCGGCUGCACAUCGUGGAGGUGUCUGAGGACGGGGUGGAGGACCUCAACAGUGACGUUAAAACCCAGUGUUUUACUUUUCCUGAGACCCAGUUUAUUGCGGUCACUGCCUACCAGAACACUGAUAUAACGCAGCUGAAAAUUGAUCACAACCCUUUUGCAAAAGGAUUCAGAGAUAACUACGACUCGAUGUACACAGCUCCAGAGAGCGACCGCCUCACCCCAUCUCCCAACGACUCCCCCCGCGCCCACCAAAUUGUCCCCGGCACCCGCUACACAAUGCAGCCCCUCUUCCAGGACCAGUUCGUCAACAACCUCCCCCAGAACCGCUUCUACAACUGCGAGAGGGCCGUGCCGCAGACCAACGGCCUGCUCUCGGCCCCGACCGAGGACGGCGUGUCGCAGCGGUGGUUUGUCGCCUCCGUGCAGCAGGGGGGGAGCGGCGGCGUGAGCGCCGGCAGCAAGCUCGACCUGACGCCCUACGAGGGCGAGUACUCGGGCUCGCUCCUCCCGUACGGCAUCAAGUCGCUGUCCAUGCAGACCACGCACUCGCUCGGCUACUACCCGGACUCUCCGUUCACCGCCGUGUCCGCGGGGUGGGGGUCCAGAGCAGCGUACCAAAGAAAAAUGCCCCCCAGCCUGCCGUGGUCGCCCAGGCCCAGCCCUGCGGCGGGCUUCUCCGAGGAGCUGGGGAAAGCUAAAGCGCAGACUGACGAGGAGGUGCACAGCGGCGAAGCCCUGAUCAGCUCGUGGACAGAGGGCCAGGCUUCAGCUCUGUCCCCCAACAAGCCAGAGUCCUACUCUGUCACCUGCAAGCGACAGCGUUUGUCUCUAAACGGCCCGAGCGCGGACAUCAAGUGUGAAGACUUGUCCUCCAGUGGCUCCUACAGUAAAGAAGCCCCCCCAACCAAAGGCAUGGCUUCUUACUACUCCUUUUACGCAAACCCCUGAGUUUUUUUUUCUUUUAUUGUUUUUUUUAAAUCAAAGCUCAUUUGUUUCACCUGCCACAGUAAAGAAGAGCUACUAGUUUACUUUUGUUGCGUGACAGCCAUUCAUUUUGUUUUUGGCAGUGAUAAAUGUUUGAACUAAAGAGACGGCACAAUAAGCUUUAACAUCUUAAAUCAUUGUGUUUGGUGUUUUAAGCUGCCUUAUUUUUUUUAAAUAUUUUUUUAAAGCUGUGUGGUGAAUAUUUUCUUGCUGCAUACAUUGUUUUGUGUAACUUUACAUUGAGAUGACAUGUUUACAGAUUAUUUAUUGAAGGCCUGUUUAUAAUGUGUGCGCACUCUUAAAAGAUGAGAAUAAAAUGCUAUAUACAGCCUCACUGCAAAAGCUCAAAUAUUUGAUAAUAAAAGGCAUACGUGUCCUGUUUCACAUCUAUUUAUUUUGACUACAAAAAACAGAUUUGCUCCCGUUUCAAUGCAUUUUUUAAUUUUUUUUUAUUUAAAUUUCAUGGGU